AUGAGGCUACCUGGCCUUGAGCUCCAGAUCAGCAAGCUUCAUAUCUCCACCAUGAGGACAAUCCCCAACCCCUACUACUUCCAGACUCUGCCAGAACUCUGCUGUCCACAGGAUGGGCUGGAUUUCCUCACCGAGGCGCUCAUCAUGGGCGAGUUCAGCCAUCAGAACAUCGAAUACUGUGAGUGCAUCAGGGCUACCUCUGGCCUAAUUCUGCUGGAGUUGGUGUCUGGAGGGGACAUGAAGGGUUUCCUGAGUCAGGUAAAGACCUGUUCAUGGGUCCCCAAACCUGCCCAGCCAUCACCUCUGGCCAUGCAAGACCUCCUCCAGCGUCGGGACAUAGCCGAGGGUUGCCACUACCUGGAAGAAAAUCACUUCAUCCACAGGUCGCAAUGAUUUUUUGCCUGACUCUGCUGGGCCACGAGGAACUGCCUUCUGAGCUGCACUGGAUUCAGCCAAGUGGCCAAGAUUGGAGACUUGCAUGCAAGCAAUAUCUACAGGGCCAGUUAUUACCACAAGGGGGGGGGGCCCAGGCUCUGCGGGGGGCCCCCAGAAGCCUCCCUGGAGGGCAUCUUUACAUCCAAGACAGACUCCUGGUGAUUUUAAAUGCUGCUCUGGGAGAUCUCACUGGGCUAUAUACCCUACCCUGGGUGCACCAGUCAGGAGGUGCUGACUGUGUCAUGGGGCAGGAGGGUGGGGGAUGGAUGACCCUCUCAGUGUGAGUAUGGAGUUAAGUGUAUCAUGACUCAGUUGAAAGCAUCAGCUGAACUUUGUCCUCGUUUUGCCAGCAUCUUGGAGCAUCUUCAGUACAGCACUCAGAACCCUGUUGUGCUAAAUUCACCCCUUUCAAUGGAAUUAACCCAUCCUGGAGGAGGAAGGGGCUGGGGAGCCGGUCUCUGGGGGGGCCUAAGAUCUCCACAGGCCCAGGAACUGAGUCUGGGGAGGUUGAAAAACUUGGGAGGGAGCCUCCUUGGUCCCCAGCUGCCCUUUGGCCUCAAGUCCCCCGAAUCCAGGAGUAACCAACCUUGGAACCUUUGGAAUCUCACCUGUGGUUCCUGGGUGCCACAGGGUCCUAAGGAUGAGGACUCUAGCACUGAUGGUGACAGUCCCUCCCUGCACUCCUCCCCAGGCUUCUAG